CACCCAUGAAUCAAGCCUGUUACUUAAUGAACGAUGUCGCAUGCUGAAGUUUCACUAGUGCUAGCGCGAACCACGUUCCAUUACCUGAACGUGGCUGCCUUGAGGCUUCUGGUCAACGGUAUUCGGGUCCAUUCCAAUUUUUGACUGUUUCCAAUGACCGAAGACCACAGGCAGGAACCUCUUCCGGAGGCUUCUCAAUUCAGAGAAGCAACUGCUGGCGAGAGCUCCAGCCAGCCCCGCAGCAGAUUCUGUCAAACCCUACGGAAAUUUAAGAAGAAUGUAACCAAAAAAGUUUCUAAACACUCUAAGCGUUUUCGUCACCAAAUCCCAGCCGUCCAGAAUGAAAGUGCUUCAUUGAAUCAGAAUAUUGAGCAUGCAUCGAGUUUGCAUCCUUCCGAUGGCGACAAGCCCGUUACAUCUGAGAACCUCAGUGGCCGUGGGAAUCAAGGAGCGUCCGGAGAACCUGCUUCGAAGGUCCUCAACGCACCUCCUGACGUGAAAGGGAUUCCUGAUUCCAAAUCAGUUGAUGCUGGACUUCAGGGUGCCCGUGAGGCUGCAGAAAACAUGACACUACUCGGGGAACGUGUCACUUCUUUUGUAUCCAAAGUCAAGGAUGGCCCAGAAGAUCUCGCUGCCGCAGACGAUUUCCAGACCACAUAUCUUCAACCACUCAAAAUUUUUGACGCUGUCAUCGAGAAUCUUGCGAGCGUAUGGGCCGCUCUUCUUGGUUGGAAGCGAGCUAAUCAAAUUAUGGUGUUAGGCAUGCUGUCCGCUGCAUCCAAAAUUAUUCUCGCUCAAACAGAACGCGACCAAUCGGUCCAAUCUCUUCUCGAGAAAUUGGAACAUGUUUACCGCUUCAUGUCACAAAAGGACACUCUUGAAGAGAUUUCAUCCAAGCGCAGCAUCGCUGGACGAAUCGCCCAACAGACUCUAGAGUGCGCGUGUUUCAUCAGGGAUUAUUCGGAGAAAAAGAACUUUUGUGAGUCGUCGAGCUAUUGUGCUUCCCAUAAUUUGAAUCUUAUGCCAUCAUCACAGGGAAGAGACUCAAGAAAAAUGUUAUCUCAGAGACGGACGACCUGA